GGUAAUUUUCCUUUAUGCGCAUCAGCUCCUGUCUACUACUUAUUUUGCCUCAUCACUUAGGGCUAGUAGCCCAUUUGAAGGUUUGCAGAGACAGAGCAUUUGUAGUAUACUUCACCAAACAGAGAAAUACGGUUGGCCGGUGUGCAUCUUUAACUGAGGAUACAAGUACCUUUCUGAGCAAUGGCUGACCCGUGGAAAGAAGCAAUGGAGCAUGCUAUAAUUGUGGCCAGGAAAGCAGGACAGGUUAUCAGGGAUGCUCUGCAGAAUGAAGUCAAGGUCAUGACCAAGAGCUCCUCUGUGGACCUGGUCACCAAGACAGACCAGAGGGUGGAGAAGCUGAUCAUCGGCUAUGUCAAGGAGAAGUUCCCCACACACAGCUUCAUUGGGGAGGAGUCUGUAGCUGCUGGAGAGCCCUGUAUACUGACUGACAACCCAACCUGGAUCAUCGACCCAGUGGAUGGCACCACAAACUUUGUACAUGGAUUCCCAUUUGUUGCGGUGUCCAUUGGCUUUGCAGUAAACAAAGAGCUGGAGUUUGGUGUGGUGUACAGCUGCGUAGAGGAUAAGAUGUACACUGGUAGGAAAGGGAAAGGGGCCUACUGUGAUGGAGAAAAGCUGGAGGUGUCUGACAGAAAAGAAAUGGAAAGAUCCAUGAUCAUCAGUGAGCUGGGCUCUAACAGAGACCAUGAGACUGUCAGCAAGAUCUUCUCCACAAUGCAGAAAAUCCUGUGCAUCCCAGUCCAUGGGCUGCGUGGAUCGGGCACAGCAGCCACCAACAUGUGCAUGGUGGCAUCGGGAGCAGUCGAGGCCUUCUUUGAGAUUGGAAUCCACUGCUGGGACAUUGCUGCUGGGGCUGUCAUUGUUACUGAGGCAGGGGGUGUUCUGAUGGAUGUAGAUGGAGGGCCAUUUGACUUGAUGUCUAGAAGAAUGGUGUCAGCAAACAACCGAACGAUUGCCGAACGUAUCAUUAAGGAGAUUGAAAUAUUUCCCGCUGAAAGAGACGAUGUUGUUAAAAAAUGAGGAGUUUACAUUCUAAUUAUUUUUCAGAAGCAGUUUGAUACUGUGUAUUUCUUGUAUGUUUUUACCUUUAUAAUAUACUAUAAUACACACUAUUAUGCUAUGCCAGUAAUGAGAAAGUUUAAACACAAAUAUGUCUGAAUUGAAAGAUAAAGAAAAAACGAGUUUGUCCAGAGCCUUACCACGGUCCUUUCUGUUGUAAUUUGCUAAGUAGAAGAACCACCAUUAUAUAAUUCUGUACUUUUUUGAAAAUGAGUGUGAAAUCAUGGAAGACGUUUGUAUUUUUAUAACUUCAUUGUGACCAAAAUGUAUUAAAUGUUAAAAUGUUAAGAACA